AGGCCAAAGAGGCUCACUGAUGGUGUGAACGCAGACUCACUUGACAAAUACCUUCGUAUAAUGCAUAUCUAUAAAGUAGAAGAAUUUUAAACUAAAGAUUUACGGGAUACCGAAUUAGGGAAUGUCCGUAAUGCCUGUCACGAGUUCGUCGAAUCACGCGAAAUACCUUUCCCGUUGGUUUUAAAGUAAAAGCAUUUCGAUCCGAUCUUGGGUUCGUUUGGUCUGGCGACAAGACGAACCUCUCUGUUCUGUUGAUAUGGCCGUCGUCGAGGAAUUUGAUUAUUUAUGUCGUUUAUGCGCUACCAAAACGGGUAUUCUAAUGGGAUUACCGAUCUUCGAAGCCGGCGAUCAGAUGCGCAACAUUGACAAGAAAAUAGCCGCGUGCUUGCCACUGCAGGUAUCCAUGAAUGAUCAACUGCCCAAGGUAGUGUGCGAAGAAUGUGCUUACAAAUUGGAUCAAUUGUUUGAGUUUCGUGAGAAAUGCUUGCAUACAGAAGGAAUGUUUAUGGAAAUGUUGAAGGAAAUUGCUAAAGACCAAGUUGUACGAAUAUCAAAGCAUGAUUUAGAGGAAGUGGAAGAGAUGAACAGAAUUCAAAGAAACAUAGAUAGAAUACAGAAUAAUAUUGAUGAUGUACAGAAUCAUGUCGAUUCUCAAGAUACGACAGAAGCUACUAUACAUACAAUGCAAGUUAUGGAUGAAAUGGAUUUGGCUGGUGGUGAACAGGUUGUUACACAAGAAGAAAUAGGACAACAAGAUGCUGGUAUCGAGGUUACAGGUAUCGACUGUUUAAGUGGCGAUACUGUCAGAAUGGUCAACGAACAUAUACGAGAAGUUUCCAAUCAUCAAAUAGCUGUGCAUCUGGAGGGUGAUAUGACUGUAGUUGGAAAUUUAACAGUAAGCGAGCAUUUAGGUCAGUUAGGAAUAAAUUAUGUUACUUCCAUAAGUCCAGAAGAUCAAAGUCGAGAACAAAUAGUACAUUAUUGUGACAGUAUGAAGUAUGACACAGGACCAAUAAAACAGGGAUAUCGUAGAUUGCAGGAGAGAUUAGCUACAGAAGACCCAACAAGUGUACUUGAAAACAAUGUACCACAUGAGAGUAGUGAUAUAGAAGAAACACAUGUUGGUGAGAAUGAAACCCCGACGCACGUACCUCCUUCCCAAACAAAUAAUUUGGCGUCAACGAGCCAAGUCGCAACCGAAAGUACCGAAAUAUUAGUUGAAUACACAAAAAGAGCAAAACAUGCACUGUUGGAAUCGACGUUAAAUAAUCCUACAAUUGACGAAACAGGGUCCCAUUGGUAUGUAUGUCCAUUUUGUAACGAAGCGACGUUAGGGUCAAAUAAUAUGAUAGCACAUUUUGAACAAUACUUCUGUUGUUGUUCUUGUGGUCUGUAUUAUACGAGCGUAGACGCGUUAAAUGUACAUAAAGAACGGUGCGAUGUACAUAAAAAUAAAAUGAUGAAUAAAGAAAAGGAAGUCACAGAAUCAGAAUUAACGCCUUUGCAAAACGAGACGAACGUUGAAGAACAAAAGAAACAAACAACGGUAAGACAAAAAUGGACGCCAAAAGUUUGCACUCAUUGUGGAAAACAAUAUAGGACAAAUUAUAAAUUGCAAGAACAUAUGCGAAAACAUACUGGUGAAAAACCUUUUCAAUGUGUCACUUGCGAAAAAGCAUUUCGCAGUAAAAUAGGGCUCGCUCAACACACGGCGACGCAUACCGGACAAUUCGAUUACAAUUGUUCCACGUGCGGUAAAGGUUUCCAGUCUAAAAGCUACCUUGUUCUCCACCAAAGAGUACAUUCAGAUUUAAAACCAUUUCCGUGUAAUACUUGCGGACAGCACUUCAAAACGAAACAAUCUUUAUUAGAUCAUCAAAACCGACAUCUUGGUGUUAAACCGUAUGUUUGUGAAAUUUGUGGUAGAGGUUUCAUAACUAAAGGACUCUGUAAAAGUCAUCAAAAGAUACAUUCAGGCAUGGAUAAUCGUCAAUAUCCGUGCGUGGUAUGCAAUAAAAUGUUUGUUAGCAAAAGUUAUCUUAAUACGCACCUACGCAUUCACACUGGCGAGAAACCGUAUUUAUGCGAAGUUUGUGGUAAAGGAUUCUUAACACGCGUCGAUCUGAAAAUUCAUUCGACGAUGCACACUGGGGAGAAAAGUUUUAAAUGCGAUAUGUGUGGUAAAGUGUUCGCCAGAAGGGCCGCGUUGAGAUGUCACAGAAGAUUACACACGGGUGAACGACCUUACAGAUGCGAUAUUUGUGGUAAAACGUUCACACAAUUUACUCCUAUGGCCAUACAUAAAAGGCUGCAUACAGGAGAGCGACCGUACGAAUGCGAUGCGUGUGGCAAAACAUUUGUAUCGAGAUCAACUAUGAUGUGUCACAAAAAGAAACAUCAUACUACUACACCGACUGUAAAAAAAGAGGAACCACCAGUUGUUCCUCGUCCGAAAGAAACGAAAAAUGUUUUACCAGCGGAGAUUGUGCUUCGAGAUUCUCAAGAGGGAAUCCAAAUUACCGCAGAUUAAAAAACAUUGAAAUAAUACAGACGAUGGAUGAUAGAAAAUAAAACAUUGAGUCUGCAUUUUAUAAGAAGCGGCAUUAGUCACCAUGAUGUAUUCCUUUACUGUAGCAUAUGUGUUAAAGCUGUAUACAAAGAAUAUAUUUUCGAGAAUUCUUUGCAAGGGGUAAAUGUAUGUUUCCUAAAGCCACCCUGUACAUUUAGAAAAGAAAAAAAAAAUUAAUUUACGCAAUCAUUUACAUUUUCUCCAUUUUUAUGUCGGUAUGAAUAUUUUGUCGUAGUAUGUUGUUUCCUUUAGGUUAUAUACUUUUUCUAUUUACGAUAUGUAUUAUUCUAAAAGGAUACUUUAAAGAUGAACAAUUGCUGUUAAUUAAGCCACAAAAUAUAUAGUCAACUUAAAAAUAAGUUAUCAAAUUGAUAACCAUAUUAUAAGUUUAUCAGUCUACAUAUUACAUUACAGGAAAUAGUUUUUCAAUUUAUACUCAGUUUUCCUAAUUACGCAUAAUAAUACUUAGUAAUAUUUGUAACAUAUGUUUGAAGAUAUGUAUAAUUCAAGUAGUAAGUAUAAGUUUUUUUUAACUUAAUGAUCAAACAACAUGUUUUUUAUUGAAAAAAAAUUCGAAUCGUUUGAUAAUAUUAUCGAAAGUUACUAAAUGAAAACGAAAUAAAUUAAUUUAUAAUUUCUUUUGAAGAAAUGCCACAUGGUAUCGUUCAUAAAACAAUAUGAAUCUUGUUUAGAAACAUAUUUAAGUAUGUUAAACAAAAUGAAAUUUUUCGUUUUAUUACAUAAACAUAUGAAAAUUUACACUUCAUAUUCUAUGUGCAUUAAAAACUGUUACAAACACUACUCGAAAAUUAGAAGAUGCAGCUUUUACUAUCUACAAUACAAAAUAUGAUUAUCAUAAGGAAAGUGAAAUAUUUUCUUAUCAGUGCUAGUAAAAUAUCAACAUAUUAUUUAAUAAAUCAAAGGCUGAUAGCUACUUUUAUUGCAAGGAAAUGCUAUAGAUAGAAUGGUGAUUAUAUCUCGUUAAUGACAUAAUUUUAUAAAUUUUACAGAAGAUUAGAAUUAUAUAUAUGAUCGCCUUUAACACGACGUAUAUUUCUGUGGCAUCUCAGCUAUUCUCUUUCAAAUAAAACAGCUUUCAGCACUAUACAAAGUAGAAAAUGUGAUAUAUAAUAAUAAAUCGAUUACAUUAUUUGUAAAUUUGUGAUGAUUGUAAUAUUAUUAUUGACAAAUCUUCUCGAUAAAAAAUAUAAAAACUU